GCUGACGGCGCUGGCUCUCCGCAGGACGGACUGAAGCGGAGCCUCGGCGACCUCAGGCGGCAGCUCGCUUGGGUGGAGCGGCUCGACGUGACGCUGGGCCCGGUGGCUGCCGCCGCGGAUGGCGCCUCGCACAGCCCCGGCGAGGGGCACAGCGCUUCCCACAAGGAGGCCGUGGACCCGGAGAACGACUUCCAGAGAGAGAUGAGCUUUUACCGACAGGCUCAGGCUGCCGUCCUGGAAGCGCUACCGAGGCUGCAUAAGCUCCAGGUUCCUACCAGAAGGCCAGAUGAUUAUUUUGCAGAGAUGGCCAAAUCUGACCAACAGAUGCAGAAGAUUCGACAGAAGCUUAAGAGUAAACAAGAAGCAAUGGAGAAGACUGAGAAGGCAAAACAGCUCCGUGCACUGAGAAAAUACGGCAAGAAGGUGCAAACAGAAAUUCUGCAGAAGAGACAGAAGGAGAAAAAAUCCAUGUUGAAUGCAGUCAAGAAAUACCAGAAAGGUCUCUCUGACAAGCUGGAUUUCCUAGAUGAGGGGCAGACUUCAUCUCAGGGGAACAAGAAAGGCAGUGGAAGUCAACGCGUAAAGAAAGGACCAAAUGCCAAACGACGAUACAAGAAUCAGAAGUUUGGUUUUGGUGGGAAGAAGAAGGGCUCCAAGUGGAACACAAAGGAGAGUUUUAAUGAUGUAUCCAGCUUUAAAGGAAAAGUCGCUCACAACAAAGGUCCCAGAAAAGCAGGGAAAAAAGCCCUCAAUAAGAGACCUGGAAAGAGAGCAAGGCAGAAAAUGAAGAGCCGAGCACGCUAA